UGGUUGAUUUGCUGUGAGUAGUGUAGCUCGUUUGUUAUCAAAUAUAAUUUAAUACGGUAUCUUUUUCGUCAUUUAAUAAUUACUGACACUAUAUACAGAUUAUAAAGAAAAUUAACGUUGGAAUUAUCUCGAAUAGAAGUGUUAUAUUAUCAACCAAAUAUAACCUAAAAAUACCCAAGCCUAGUUAAAAUGGGUGAGAGAUACAAUAUCCACAGUCAACUAGAGCAUCUUCAGAGCAAAUACAUCGGUACCGGUCACGCCGACACCACAAAGUACGAAUGGUUAACGAACCAGCACCGGGAUUCGUGUUGCAGCUACAUGGGCCAUCCAGAUUUGCUGAGUUACUUCGCUAUUGUAGAAAAUGAGUCUAAAGCUCGAGUGAAGUUCAACCUAAUGGAGAAAAUGCUACAGCCGUGCGGCCCGCCGCCGGAGAAGCCUGAAGACUAAUUCUAAGUGUGCUCUAAGCUGUUUUAAAUCUGUUCAGAUAUUCUCUUAGUUUGGAAUUACUUAGUGAAAAUGUGUAACAAAUAGAAAUAGGACUGGUACUUUUCAGUGCCGAUCGUUAAGCUUAAUUUAUAUACAAUUGUCUUGAAUUAUUCUGUGUAAAUGUAAAAAUAGUAAGGGUGGUAUUCUACCUGUCCGAUAUUUGAUUAAAUGUGCAUUGCCUCCGACUCUCUCAUUAAGGAACAUUUAAUCUAAUAUUGCACAGGUGGAAUACCACCCUAAGCUCUAAAUGCAGCUCGAAAUGAUAAAAUAGUUUCCGUUUUACAGCUUUUACCUAAAUUUUGGCUAGUGUUAAACAUUUCCACACCUAAUACCCUGGGAUAUAGUAAUUGACAUAACAUUUUGCAAAAUAUUUAACUGUCACUACCAACUUAUAUGUAUAAAAGAACAGUUCUGAUAAAACAGCUCUUAAUUAAAUCUAUCAUAAGUAUUCAUAAGCAAAUUUUAAUAAAACACAAUCUAAACUUCAUCCAGCAUUUAAUAAUGAUUUCCACUCCUCCA